AUGUCUGUUCGUAUGCAUGGAUCUUGCUUUGUUUCUGUCUGUGUCUUUUGCUAUCUAUCCUCAGUUUAUUGUAUAUCUAUGACUAUUAUGACAUUAAUUAUCUAUCUAUCUAUCUAUCUAUCUAUCUAUCUAUCUCUGCUUAUAUCGAUUACAGUCUCUCUCUCUAUCUUCAUAUCUCUCUCAGACUAUAAUCUAUCUAUCUAUCUAUCUAUCUAUCUAUCUAUCUAUCUAUCUAUCUAUCUAUCUAUCUCAGAUUACAGUCUCUCUCUCUCUCUUUACCUUAAUAUUUCUCUCAGACUACAGUCUAUCUAUCUAUCUAUCUAUCUAUCUAUCUAUUUUUCUUCUCACGACACCCCCCUCUCUCCCUGGUUUGAGUCUUUACCCAAUUAUUCUUUCACCCAAGUAAAACAUUUUAAAAAUUGUUUUAAAUAUCUAUCUAUCUAUCUAUCUAUCUAUCUAUCUAUCUAUCUUAAUAUGUUCUUUCUAUCUAUCUAUCUAUCUAUCUAUCUAUCUAUCUAUCUAUCUAUCUUAAUCUAUUCAAUAUCUAUCAAUACCCUGCCUCAUUUCACAUCACUCGCAAUUCCGAUAUUUGUCUUUGUUUGUUUCAUUUGCUUUCAUCUGACUUAA